UAGCCCGUUGUCGCCUCGGUCUGAACCACGCCGAUUUUUUCCUCGCCUUGCUGCUGGUUGGGGAGGGGGCGAGCCGUUCAAGCCGCAACAAGAAGUCAGAAAUGAUUCACUUCCGCCAGCCAAUUUUUUUCCUCUCUCUGGUGCUAAAAUCCAGCAGUUUUUAUUUUUCGUUUCCAAGCAAUGCGCGCAAACGAGCACCUGGCCAUUAUCGGCGACAAGGUCAUCCUCGUGCCCUACGAGGCCGCCCACGUCCCCCGCUACCACGAGUGGAUGAAGUCGCCGUAUCUGCAGGAGAUGACGGCCUCGGAGCCCCUGUCGAUCGAGGAGGAAUACGCCAUGCAAAAGUCCUGGCGCACCGACUCCGACAAAUGCACCUUUAUCAUCCUUGACAGGCAGGCAGACAGCGACCUCUACAACAACGAGCGCAUGAUCGGCGACGUCAACUUCUACCUCAACAACACCGACAACCCGCACGAGGCCGAGCUCGAGGUCAUGGUCGCCGAGGAAGCGUACACGGGCAAGGGCAUUGCCACCGAGGUCCUGAAGCUGAUGAUGCACUACGCCGUCAACGACGCCAAGGUCGACGACCUGGUGGUGCGCAUCAAGGACUCCAAUGCUGCCAGCAUCCACAUCUUCGAAUCCACAUUCGGAUUUGUCGAGACCGAGCGGUCAAAGGUCUUCCAGGAGGUCACGCUGCGCCGCAAGGUGUCUGACGAGCUGGUGCACCAGCUGGCCGAGUGGACCAAGAGCGCCAGGCGCGUAGAGUACCGGAAACCCGAAUAA